AUGGACGAGGUCGAUGCACUUGCUCGAUGGAUGCACAAUCUCGACAUUGGUGAUAUUAAUUAUUCGGUGUGUUAUUCACAGCUUGCAUGUCUCUCUCCUGCUGCCGCUAAUGCCUGGGCUACCCCCCGUACUCAUCAACUCUGCAGUAAUGUGUCUACAGCUCCUCCUGUACCCUCCAGCGCCCCACUUCUCCCAAAACAGUGUUUGUUCUGCAGACAGUCUCACUACCUUCGAUAUUGCCAGGUAGCUGCUGAAUACCUUCGCACGGGACACAUCAUUCAUGAAAACCUCUUCCUUCUCAAUCCCAACAGCUCGCAUGCCCAGUCUGCCACAUCAUCCACUCCAUCCUCGAACUCUCCUCCCACAACCAUUCCCUCCAGUGCCUUCAUAUCCGAAAGCUACUUCUUUCAGUGCACUCGAAUCACAGAGAAUCAUGCUAUGGUCACAACAGUCGAGGAUGAUGACUCGGGUGCAGACACUCUUGCCAUCACUCAUUCGAAGGCUACCAGUUCGCCAUCCAGUUCCUGCGCUCACCAACAAACUCACUCCAUCAAUGUUCCCCUUCCAGACGUCCCUCUCGCACCUCCAAAGAAAACUCCAGCCUAUGUCUAUGAGUCGAAAGCAGCCAUUCCGGAUGCUGCUUCCCGCACCUACCAGAGCAUGCUCAAGAUGGCCGUUCCAAAUGUCAUGAUCACUGAUCUUCUUGCAGUCAGCUCAGAUCUUCGCAGGGAAGCUGUCAAACACUCUGUUAUUCCGGUCCCACCUCCUCAAAUCGAGCAUGCCACACCGCUUCGUGAGCUCAAAGUCAUGCUCAAUGGCAUUCACACGGAGAUGGCACUACUCGAUGAAGGCUUGGAGCUUGUCAUCAUCCGAGAAGACAUUUGGAAGAAGACUCAAGCCCCGAUCAACAAGGACAUUUGUAUGCACAUGCAGACUGCAGACAGAGGCUCUCAGGACAUGUCUGGGUGUCUCAAGAUGCUCGAAAUCGAUGUCAACAGCAUAAAAACAUGGGUGCUGUCAUAUACCAUAUAUCCGGUUACAGAUCCGAUGAUCUGGAUCUCAGAUCCGAUCCAGAUCCGAUGA